AUGGCCACCACGCUUUUGCAGACUUCUUCCUCCACUUUUGGGGGUGGCUCUACACGAGGGGGUUCCCUUCUGGCUGGGGGAGGAGGCUUUGGUGGGGGGAGUCUCUAUGGGGGUGGUGGGAGCCGCACUAUCUCAGCUUCUUCUGCCAGGUUUGUCUCCUCGGGGUCAGCAGGGGGCUAUGGGGGUGGCUUUGGUGGAGGGGCCGGUAGUGGUUAUGGGGGUGGCUUCGGAGGUGGCUUUGGUGGGGGUUUUGGCAGUGGCUUUGGUGACUUCGGUGGUGGAGAUGGCGGCCUCCUCUCUGGCAACGAGAAGAUCACCAUGCAGAAUCUCAACGACCGCUUGGCCUCCUACCUGGAGAAGGUGCGUGCCCUGGAGGAGGCCAACGCCGACCUGGAGGUGAAGAUCCGAGACUGGUACCAGAGACAGAGCCCGACCAGCCCGGAGCGUGACUACAGCCCCUACUUCAAGACCACUGAUGAACUCCGUGACAAGAUCCUGGCGGCUGCCAUCGACAACUCUCGGGUCAUUCUGGAGAUUGACAAUGCCAGGCUGGCUGCAGACGACUUCAGACUCAAGUAUGAGAACGAGAUGGCCCUGCGCCAGAGCGUGGAGGCCGACAUCAACGGCCUGCGCAGGGUGCUGGAUGAGCUAACCCUGACCAAGACCGAUCUGGAGAUGCAGAUUGAGAGCCUGAACGAGGAGCUGGCCUACCUGAAGAAGAACCACGAGGAGGAGAUGAAGGAGUUCAGCAACCAGCUGGCUGGCCAGGUCAACGUGGAGAUGGACGCAGCACCAGGCGUGGACCUGACCCGCAUACUGUCAGAAAUGAGGGAGCAGUACGAGGCCAUGGCGGAGAAGAACCGCCGGGAUGCCGAGGCCUGGUUCUUCAGCAAGACGGAGGAGCUGAAUAAGGAGGUGGCCUCCAACACAGAGAUGAUCCAGACCAGCAAGUCGGAGAUCACAGACCUGAGACGCACGAUACAGGGGCUGGAGAUCGAGCUGCAAUCCCAGCUCAGCAUGAAAGCCGGGUUGGAGAGCACGCUGGCAGAGACGGAGUGCCGCUACGCCGCGCAGCUGCAGCAGAUUCAGGGCCUCAUCAGCAGCAUCGAGGCCCAGCUGAGCGAGCUCCGCAGUGAGAUGGAGGCGCAGAACCAGGAGUACAAGAUGCUGCUGGACAUCAAGACGCGACUGGAACAGGAGAUUGCCACCUACCGCAGCCUGCUGGAGGGCCAGGAUGCCAGGAUGGCUGGCAUUGGUACCGGAGAAGCCUCCCUGGGAGGUGGCGGUGGCGGCAAGGUCCGCAUCAACGUUGAGGAGUCUGUGGACGGGAAGGUGGUUUCUUCCAGAAAGAGAGAAAUCUAA